GAGAGCACAGGAGAGAGAAAAGAGAGUAGCUUAAAAAGAGUAGCUUUAAAAAGUUCUUUGUGAUUUUUAUGCAUCUGGACCUGACUUCCGGAAUUGCUGCAGAGACCUUUGGUGGAGCGGUGAUGAGGUCUUAGGUUGCUGUUUGGGGAUCAUGGUGCUGCCUUCGAGAUUACACUGGAUCAGAAACAGACCAUGGAGGGACAGGAUCCGGAGGCGGCGGCUCCACCGACUGCCAACCAGACUCCCAGAAAUCAUGCUGGUGGGAUCCCAAUCCUUCUCCCCUGGAGGGCCCAAUGGUAUCAUUCGGAGCCAGUCCUUCGCCGGCUUUAGUGGCCUGCAGGAAAGGCGAUCCAGGUGUAACUCCUUCAUUGAAAAUGCCUCUGCUCUCAAGAAGCCUCAGGCUAAGCUGAAGAAAAUGCACAAUUUAGGACACAAAAAUAACAACACUCCCAAAGAGCCUCAGCCGAAAAGAGUGGAGGAGGUCUACAGGGCCUUGAAAAAUGGACUUGAUGAGUACCUGGAAUUUCACCAGACGGAGCUGGACAAGUUGACUGCUCAGUUAAAAGAUAUGAAAAGAAACUCUCGCCUGGGUGUGCUGUAUGACCUAGACAAGCAAAUAAAAACAAUUGAGCGAUACAUGCGACGCCUGGAGUUUCACAUUAGUAAGGUAGAUGAGCUUUAUGAAGCCUAUUGUAUCCAACGGCGCCUCCAAGAUGGUGCCAGCAAAAUGAAGCAAGCAUUUGCAGCGUCCCCUGCCAGCAAGGCUGCCCGGGAGAGUCUGUCUGAGAUCAACCGCAGCUAUAAGGAGUACACAGAGAACAUGUGCACCAUUGAAGCGGAGCUGGAGAGUCUGCUGGGAGAAUUCUCCAUCAAGAUGAAAGGUCUGGCUGGCUUUGCUCGCCUCUGCCCUGGAGAUCAAUAUGAAAUUUUCAUGAAGUAUGGCCGGCAGAGGUGGAAACUGAAGGGCAAAAUAGAAGUGAAUGGCAAACAGAGCUGGGAUGGAGAAGAAACCGUCUUCUUGCCCCUCAUAGUUGGGCUCAUUUCCAUCAAGGUCACCGAACUCAAAGGGCUGGCAACUCACAUCCUGGUGGGCAGUGUCACCUGUGAGACCAAAGAGCUGUUUGCAGCCCGACCCCAGGUGGUGGCUGUUGACAUCAAUGACCUUGGUACCAUCAAACUGAACCUGGAAAUCACUUGGUAUCCCUUUGACGUGGAGGACACAACCCCAUCAUCUGGCCCUGGGAACAAGGCAGCCGCUCUCCAGCGGAGGAUGUCCAUGUACAGCCAGGGCACCCCAGAAACACCUACCUUCAAAGACCACUCCUUCUUCAGGUGGUUGCGGCUGUCUGUCUUGAGUGCCUUGCGAGAUACUUUCUUUGCCACGUUGCACCACAACCACUCUGUCGGUGACCUGCCUUCCCUGAGCCUGAACCCCAGGGCCCUGCUAGAAUUCUAUUCAAAUCUGCCAGAUGACAUUUUUGAGAGUGGAAAGGCAGCAGAGGAGAAAAGGCCACUGUCCCUCAGCUUUAGCGACCUGCAGGACGGAGACUGUGUCUUCACCUCCAGCUCAGCCACCUCGCCCUCCAGCUCACACUCAGCCCAUCCAGAAAUUACCAUCACCCCUGCUGAGCUCACCCAUGGAAGCCUGUCCUCACAGAACGAGGGCACUGAGGACAGCAGCUCAGCAUCUUCCAGGAAUUCCCUGGGUGAGGACCCUGAGCCAAAGUCCCACACAAAGAGUGAUAGGGUAGAGCUCCGGAAGCCCGGUGCAGUGCCUGGGUCCGGGACAGAGAGCCUGUUCCUGGAGAAUAGUGUUGCCGAGACUCUCCUGCAGGAAUCAGAUGAGGCCUCUGAGCUCAAGCCAGUGGAGCUGGACACGUUUGAAGGAAACAUCACCAAGCAACUAGUGAAGAGGCUCACCUCCACCGAUGGGCCCAUAGCCACAGAGAAGCUUUUCUUUGAAGGCUCUGUUGGUAGUGAAUCUGAGGCUGGCCGCUCCUUUCUCGAUGGCAGCCUGGAAGAUGCCUUCCAUGGACUCUUCCUCGCAUUAGACCCACACAAGGAGCAGUACAAAGAGUUCCAGGAUCUGAACCAAGAAGUCACGCACUUGGAUGAUGUCCUCAAAUGCAAGCCGGCAGGCAGCCGCAGCAGAUCCUCCAGCCUAAGUCUGACAGUUGAGAGUGCAUUAGAAAGCUUUGAUUUCCUCAACACCUCUGACUUGGAUGAAGAGGAAGAAGAUGGCGAUGAGGCCUGCCACGGCGGUGGAGGAGCGGACUCCGUGUUUUCAGACACUGAGACUGAGAAAACUGGUUACAGGUCAGUUCACCCGGAAGCCAGGGGCCACCUGAGUGAAGCUCUGACUGAAGACACAGGCGUAGGAACCAGUGUGGCAGGAAGCCCACUCCCACUGACCACAGGAAAUGAGAGCCUGGACAUCACCAUUGUCAAACAUCUACAGUACUGCACCCAGCUGGUUCAGCAAAUCAUCUUCUCCAGCAAAAUCCCCUUUGUGGCAAGAAGUCUCCUGGAGAAGCUAUCAAGGCAGGUGCUGGUGAUGGAGAAGCUGGCAGCUGUGAGCGACGAAAACCUCGGGAACAUCACCUCUGUGGUGGAAGCCAUACCAGAAUUCCACAAAAAGCUAUCUUUACUGUCUUUCUGGACCAAAUGCUGCAGCCCAAUUGGGGUCUACCACAGCUCAGCUGACAGAGUGAUCAAACAGCUGGAGGCCAGCUUCGCCAGAACAAUCAAUAAGGAAUACCCAGGACUGGCAGAACCAGUGUUUAGAACCCUGGUGUCCCAAAUCCUGGACCGCUCUGAGCCUCUUCUUCCCUCCAGCCUCUCCUCGGAAGUCAUCACUGUGUUCCAGUAUUACAGCUUCUUUACCAGCCAUGGUGUGAGUGACCUGGAGACUUACCUGAGCCAGCUGGCCAGGCAAGUUGCCAUGGUGCAGACUCUGCAGUCACUGAGAGAUGAGAAACUUCUACAGACUAUGAGCAACUUCACCCCCAGCAACCUCCCUGCCCAACAGGAAGUCCUCAGGACCCUAGCUCUGCUGCUCACCAGAGAUGAUAAUGAGGUCAGUGAGGCUGUGACACUCUACUUGGCAGCAGCCUCCAAAAACGAGCACUUCAGAGAAAAGGCGUUGCUCUAUUAUUGUGAAGCACUAACAAAGACCAAUCUCCAGCUACAGAAGGCAGCAUGCCUGGCCCUAAAGAGCCUGGAGGCCACCGAAAGCAUUAAAAUGCUAGUGACACUGUGUCAGUCUGACACUGAAGAAAUCAGAAAUGUGGCCUCGGAGACCCUCUUGUCUCUUGGAGAAGACGGACGGCUGGCGUAUGAACAGUUAGACAAAUUCCCCCGAGACUGUGUUAAAGUCGGAGGUCGUCAUGGAACCGAAGUUGCCACGGCCUUUUAAAUUACACUUCAGCACUGCCUGACUGCUGUCCUGACACCUGGCCCUUGCGGUCAAGAGGGUGCUGUGCUGUGGCCAGACAGACAGCACCUGGAACUUGCAGGGUGCUGCCGCUUUUGCCGGCGUAGAGAUUUCAAAGUCCGAUUGCGCUGUGCUGUCUAAUUUUCCUUGGCCCACAGAACAGGGAUGUGCAGAACUCACCGGGCGGCGGCGUAGUUGUGUCUGACAGCGCUUCAAAGUCCAUCUUACUUUACUGUGAAAUUGAAAAUAGUCCUCUUCGCACCUGUUCGGAAGUUCAUCUGUAAGCUUGAACUCUUCGUGCUUCCGUGUGCUAUUUGGAUAAGUAGUAACAUAUGCCUUGCCACUUUUCCACUGGGUUCAGUGUCCAGUGGCCCCUUAGCUACCUAUUUUCACUUUUAAAAACAAAGCACAAAAAAAAAAAAAAACUUCAAAGAGAAGUUUCCUUAGAGAAUCCAAGAGAAUGAUCAGUUGUAAUAGACUAAGUUUUAUUGCUGAGGAUGUGCCCCCCCCCCUUGGUAGAGUGCUUCCUUGGCUUGCAUGAAGUUUUGGCUCAUCUCCAGCACCACAUAGGCUGGGUGUGCUCCCCAUAUAAGCUCAGUGCUCAGAAAGUGGAGGAAUAGGACCCGAAUUUCAAGGUCAUCUUCAGCUACCCAGGGAGUUCCCAAGGCAACUGGGAAGGGAGGCAGAUCUAAGUUUUGUAUCUUAGUAUUUUUUGUAUUUCCUACUAUUUGUUUCAUUUUUUCCAUCCUGAGAAUUUCCAUAUCAUCUAUUCACACAGUUUAAAAGAUUAAUUGAAAAAUACUGCUUCAUUAAGAUUGUACCAAUACUAUUAAAAGUAAACAACAAAAAAAAAAAAAAAAAAAAAACUUGAAGCUUAAGCUUUUGUCCUUUAACAAGAACCAUCCUUAUCACAUUCCGGUUCUUAUCAUAUCUUCAGCCCACUCUUUUUGUUUGGUUUUUGUUUGAUCUUGAGAUAGUCUCAUUGCAAUCCUGACUGUCCCUGAGCUCCAUAUAUAGACCAGUCUGACCUUGGACUUGCAACAUUUCUUCAGUCUCUGCCUCCAGGGCUGGAAUUCCAGGCACCAGCCUUGUUCCACCUACAUAAUUGUUUUUCCCAAGACAAAUACAAACCUCAAAGUUGUAGAUUUAGAAAGAUGUGCUGUUCUUUCGAGAGGGGGACCUGGAGUUUGGUUGAGUCCUAACUGCUUCUAUAAAAAUUGUUCAGGAGACUAUGAAGUGCCUGACCUUGAGAGAUAGAAACCACCCUGUAGUUUCAAUAGCAGCUCAGAACCAGGGUGGAGAUUCAGCCACUUACUAAGUGUGGAGGGGGUGGGUAUGCCAAGAAAUCACAACAAUAUGUGUGAGUGCAAUUUAAACUGUAUUCUGGAUGUGUUUGUAUAAAAUACCAAUUAGAUAUUAGUUUUAGCAAGACUUUUAAAAGGGUUCAUUUCAUUUUAAAGUGAAAUUUGCCAGGCUUCUGGCAACAUACUAUUUCAACUGUGAAGUUCCCCUGUACAUUUUUGUAUAUUUGUAAAUAUAUAUAUGCAUAUAUCCCUCAUUUUAAAGGUACACUGUACAGUUGCAGUAUGUAUAGGCUAUAGUCUUUGUUAAAUGGGUGAAAUGUCUCUUUUAUAGAAAAUCAAAUCACAGGUACUACAGGGCUUUUGUUUGGUUUGUUUGGGAUUUGAAACUUUUUGAAUAUUGCAUGGAUAAUUAAUUUCACAUCUUUUGUAUUCACCUCUGUUUUACUUUUGGUUGGGGAAGUGCUUUCAGUUUUGUGGUAUUUGUAUCCAUCACUCAAUCAUGUAAGUCAAAAUAAAAUUAUUUUUAAUUACUA